UGAACAUUCGACAUUCAACAUUCCUGCACGACCUGCAUCCGACCUCAGGAUUUACAAAAACAAGAAACCGUUCUACACACUCCUCCCUUUCGAGUCGCCUCUUUCAAAGAAAACCAUAAGUGUCCUAGUCAUCCAGCAAUGAAGAUCCUCCCUACGCUGCUCGCCGCAGCCCUCUCGCUCUCCCAAAUAGCCUCUGCCGCGGGCCUCAACAUCGACUAUCUCACACCUGGCAUCGAAUGCUCCCGCAAGAGCAAGAAGGGCGACAAUAUCGAAGUGCACUACCGCGGCACCCUACAGGAGACGGGCAAGGAAUUUGAUUCCAGUUAUUCCAGGGGCAGUCCGUUGCCGUUCCAGCUUGGUGCGGGUAGGGUCAUUAAGGGAUGGGACGAGGGCCUGGUAGACAUGUGCAUUGGCGAGAAGAGGCGGUUGACGAUUCCCCCGGACAUGGGGUACGGUGCACGGGCUGUGGGACCCAUUCCAGGGAACAGCGUGCUUGUCUUCGAGACGGAGUUGAUGGGGAUCAAGGGGGUUAAGAAGGAUGAGCUUUGAGGGAUGCAGUGUUCUGGGUUGGCAGUGAGGUUCCCACUAUAUCUCACGGCGGCAACGAAAGACAUUCUAGCAUAGAACCACGAGGGUACCCUUUUUGCAUGCUUCGUUCGGCAAGGAAAUGGUAUCAAAAUGGGCGGUCGAAUACAUACAAAAGGAAACUGGAAACGGGCAUCACGACAGGAAAACCAUGGAAGGGAUUUAUGAAAGAAGCCUAAACUGCAAGAUCAACUCCGUCAGAGCCAUCUAUUAGGCACUUGUUUUACCGGGGUAUCAUAGUCUAAUAUCUUGGGCUGAACCCAUUGACGCCGAUAUGCAUGUUCAGUCC